UACUUGGCGUGGGAAGAUUUGACGGUGGUUAUACCAAACUUUCGUGGUGGUCCGACUCGAAGGUUGCUCGAUGGACUAAACGGGUAUGCUGAACCGGGUCGAAUCAUGGCCAUUAUGGGUCCUUCCGGAUCCGGCAAGUCCACGCUUCUUGAUUCUCUCGCAGGUAGACUCGCAAGAAACGUGAUUAUGACCGGUAAUCUUCUACUAAACGGAAAGAAGGCAAGACUAGACUACGGCCUAGUCGCUUAUGUAACACAAGAGGACAUUUUGAUGGGAACACUAACGGUGAGGGAGACAAUAACAUACUCAGCUCAUCUAAGGCUUUCAAGUGAUUUGACCAAAGAAGAAGUCAACGACAUCGUUGAAGCCACAAUCAUGGAGCUUGGUCUUCAGGAUUGUGCAGACAGGAUCAUAGGUAACUGGCACUCUAGAGGAGUGAGUGGCGGCGAGAGGAAACGCCUCAGCGUUGCGUUAGAGAUCUUAACGCGACCGCAGAUUCUGUUUCUCGACGAACCCACAAGCGGUUUAGACAGUGCUUCUGCUUUCUUUGUGAUCCAAGCGCUUAGAAACAUCGCUAGAGAUGGCGGUAGAACCGUUGUUUCAUCGAUUCAUCAGCCUAGUAGCGAAGUUUUCGCUCUCUUUGAUGACCUUUUCUUGCUCUCUGGUGGUGAGACUGUUUACUUCGGUGAAACCAAGUUUGCUGUUGAGUUCUUUGCUGAAGCGGGUUUUCCUUGCCCGAAGAAACGGAAUCCUUCUGAUCAUUUCCUAAGAUGUAUAAACUCUGAUUUCGAUACCGUUACAGCUACACUCAAAGGAUCUCAGAGGAUGCGGGAGACACCAGCUACAUCAGAUCCUUUGAUGAAUCUAGCUACAUCUGAGAUCAAAUCUAGGCUUGUUGAGAAUUACCGUCGUUCUACCUACGCGAAAUCCGCAAAAUCUAGGAUCCGUGAAUUAGCUAACAUUGAAGGACAUCAUGAGAUGGAAGUGAGAAAAGGAAGCGAAGCGAGCUGGUUUAAACAGCUAAGGACUUUGACAAAGAGAUCAUUUGUGAACAUGAGCCGUGAUAUUGGAUACUACUGGUCAAGAAUUGUGAUAUACAUUGUGGUAUCGAUCUGCGUCGGGACGAUCUUCUACGAUGUGGGACACAGCUACACGUCGAUCUUGGCUCGGGUUUCUUGCGGUGGAUUCAUCACCGGUUUCAUGACUUUCAUGUCCAUUGGAGGGUUUCCUUCUUUCAUUGAAGAGAUGAAAGUGUUCUACAAGGAGAGACUGAGUGGUUACUACGGCGUUUCGGUUUACAUCAUAUCAAAUUACGUCUCUUCUUUCCCGUUCUUGGUGGCGAUAUCCGCCAUCACGGGGAGCAUUACUUACAACAUGGUGAAGUUCCGUCCAGGGUUCUCCCAUUGGGCGUUUUUUUGUCUCAACAUAUUCUUCUCUGUCUCAGUCAUUGAGAGUCUCAUGAUGGUUGUGGCUUCUCUUAUUUUCUGGCGCUACCCGAUUUCCUUCAUGAGUUAUGGUUCUUGGGCAAUUCAGGGAGCAUACAAGAAUGAUUUUCUUGGUCUAGAGUUUGAUCCAAUGUUUGCGGGAGAACCCAAGAUGACUGGAGAGGAAGUGAUAAGAAAGAUAUUUGGAGUUACAGUGACACAUUCUAAGUGGUGGGACUUAGCAGCGAUCGUGUUGAUCCUCGUGUGUUACCGAAUUCUCUUCUUCAUUGUGUUGAAGCUUAAGGAGAGAGCAGAGCCCGCAUUGAAGGCCUUACAAGCAAAAAGAACGAUGAAGAGUCUGAACAAGAGACCUUCUUUCAGGAAAGUCCCAUCUCUAUCUUCAUUAUCUUCAAGGAGACACCAACCUCUACGUUCACUUUCUUCCCAAGAAGGUCUUACCUCUCCAAUCAAU